GAGUACCCCGGCAACGACCCCCAGACGUUGGAGUUCCCGGCCGCUUCGGCUGCGACGGAUGGACCAGCCCGCGAAUGGCGGGAGGUGGUGCAGCUGUGCCACGAGGAGCAGAUCGCCGAUUUCGCGACGCGUGGUCCGCGCACGGCUGCUCGGUGUGCCAAGUACCAGGUCAGAGAGGGGGGGCCGUCGCUCCACCGCGACAUGUGGAGGGGCCACAGGAAGCGCACGUCCACGGACUACGGCGUGGACACGCACGAGGCCCUCUCCCGCACGUUUGAGGCCAUGGGAGUGUCGGGCCACCUCGACAUUUUCAACUUGGCGAGCGGGGAGAUUGGGCACCGCGCGCUCCAGCUGAUCGGGCGCUACUGGGACGACAGGAGCGCUGAGCAGCAGCACAACUACCGCAAGAUCCCUCUGGAAGGGGCCCAGGCCUUCAUGGGCGGGGCUCGGUCGCCUCUUACGGUGCGCCCGGAGCUGCGCGAGACGGUCUCGAGGGAGUUGAAGCGCAUGUACAGCAUCAAGAAGAACGCCAGGAAGCUCAGGGAGGAGCAGGCCGCCGCCCCCAUGGCAGAGCCCGCUCCUCCCAAGGGAUCACGAUGCUGCGGCCGCCGCCUGGACGGCCUCGGCCCGGCGGCGGAACUUCAGAGAGUCCCUGACUGGCGCGGGGCCCCCGGCGGCCCCGCGCGGGCGCGCUCUGCUCGACGCCGGCGCGGGCAUCGGGCGCUGCGGGGCGAGCUCCUUACGGAGCUCGUGGUGGCGCUCAACCAGCUGGAUGCCGGCUCGGACCUCGUUCGCAGACAGUGCGAGGGUGAGCCCAGCAGGAUGCAGCAGCUAUGUUUGGAGCGACUCGCCGAGAGCUGCGCGGCAAUGGGCGCCCCACCUUCCGACAUGUCGACCGAGGUGGCCUUCCGGGAGCUCCAGGUCAGCACCGCCUACGGGGACUGCGACCCCGUCACGGCGGCUCCCUUCGCGCGCGACCUCGUCUCCUUGCCGGCUGUCGGUGGCGCCCCGGUGCCGCUGGACCAGCUGCUCGGGAAGGGCGGUCCAGAAAUCGUGCGGAGGUUCAUCGCUACCAAGGUUUUGUCAAAUCAGGAUGCCGUCGAGGCAAAGAGGGACUCGGGUUUUGCACGGCCGUAUUUGGAUCCAGUUCUUCGUCGGCGCGAGGACUACCUCUCCUUCAUCCGCCGGAUGGGGGCUGCCGAC